UCUCACUUUGCAAGCGAUACCAGAAUCGUCAUCAUGGCGACGGGCAAGAGACCCUACCCCAGAGCUCACCUGAGGAAGAUCGUCAAGGCGCAUGCGGGAAUGAAGCUCUCGAAGAAUGCCGACGUAUUGAUCUAUCUCAACUAUUCGCUGUUCAUGAAUGCAUUGGUGAAAGAGGCCGCCAUCCAUGCCAGGCAGGCGGGAGAGCGUGGAUUUACCCCCAGGAACAUCAUGAAGGCACUCCCUGAUGUUUUGGCUAGGUUCAAGGGCUGAAUGUCGACCCUGGAGAGCGGAAUGAGUACAGCGGCUGAGCUGUGUGGUGUAGAUCCUCUCAUGCUGCCGCUGCCAACGAUGCUUCAAUGACGCCUGAAGUGUUCGUUGAGAAUAAGGUAUUGGGCUUGGGGUAAACAAUGGCUAAUAUAAGAGUGCGAGAUGCAUUCUUUUGGCAUCGGCUAGACCUGUAAUGAAUCUCGGGCUCCAUUCUGAGAGGUCUGUUGGCUACUUAGAUACCCCCAGCAGAACAACUUACAUGAAUGCGCAUAGAGUAGGGCAUGCCGAGUCUACGGGUAGAAUAUUGCACACAUAGGACAAUAUAAACCGAUUGCAAUAGAGCUGCCUACUUGGCUCUCAAUAGUAGUCUUUCUCAAUGAAUC